AUGGUCCGAUCUUCGCUGCAAGUUAUCGGGUGUCUUUUACCCCUGGCGAUCUCCUCUCGAUUGCCGUCCAACCAAAGCAGUCUAUGCCACCUGGCUGACUCUCGUUUCCCAGGGAAAGUGUCCUAUGCAGGUAGUUCGGCUUACAGCUCGUCGCAGUUGGACUAUUAUACUGGCCAGGAGCGUGAGCUCAACCCAGGCUGCGUUUUCACUCCCAGUAAUACGGCGGACGUCUCUGCUUUCGUCAAAUUGGUGGCCUCGAGGGACAUUUCUUCUCCCAAAUUUGCCUUCAGAUGUGGAGGACAUAGUUUCUUCGCCGGUGCUGCCAAUAUCAACAAUGGGGUCACUAUCGACCUGCGCUCGUUGAACUCCUUCGAAUUGAGCGCAGAUCAGAAGACUGCUUCUGUUGGCGGUGGCUCCAUCUGGAGUGACACCGUGUACACCAGCCUUGAGGAGCAUAACCUUACGGUCGCCGGAGGCCGAAUCCCUGGAGUAGGAGUGGGUGGGUUCGUCACUGGUGGUGGGCUCAACUUCCUCGGAAGAAGAGAUGGCUUUUCCUGUGACAAAGUCUACGGUUAUGAAGUUGUAUUGGCCUCAGGAAAGGUUGUUUAUGCCUCUGCGACCUCACACCGGGACCUUUGGCUUGCCCUCAAGGGCGGUUCGAACAAUUUCGGUAUUGUCACUCGUUUCGAUCUCGCAACUCACCCUCAAGGCCUACUGCUGGGCGGCGCUCUUGUCUUCGACGCCACCCAAAAGGUGUUAGACAACCACGCUACGGCUUUUAGUAACUAUAUGGACCCUAAGAACUUCGACCCGCUGGCCGCAAUGGAGUUCAAUCUGGUCUACCAGGCUGGAAAGUGGAUUCUUUCCGAUGCGAUCUACUACUUGGAUCCGGAGCCCACGCCAUCAGCUUACCAGGAAUUCUUUGAUAUCCCCGGUCAAGUUGCGAAUACUCUGAUUGUGGCGAAUAUGACUACAGUCGUCACCAAUUCCGGAGUCCUCGUCCCCUCCACUGUUUCUCGCGCAACGCAAAUGAAUUACUCCUUCAAGAACGCCAACGCAACCGUGUAUUCGCAAUUGUUCACGACUGUCCAAAGCGCGGUCAAUAAACUUUCCAAUGUGGAAGGCCUGGUGUUUGACUUCCUCAUGCAACCGGUUCCGGUCACAAAUGGCACAAACUCUUUGGGUCUCGAACCCAACGUCAAGGACCUGGUACUCGUUGACAUUGGUGCGGCAUACAACAGAGCGGCCGACGACGCCACUGUUCAGGCCGCUUUGCAGAAGAUAUUUAACCAGCACGUGCAGAUUUUGAAGAAAGCAGGCCUUUUCCUUGAUUGGACAUACCUGAACUACGCCGGAUCGAACCAAGACCCGAUCGGCACCUACGGGAAGUUGGCCACGCUUAGAAGGGUCAGCAAGAAAUACGACCCCAAGGGCCUUUUCCAGACCGCCGUUCCUGGGGCUUUCAAGCUGUUCAAGUAA